CACAAUCCUCAAAAAGUUAACGACAUGAAAGUUGUCUACUUCUUCGUUGCCCUCUUGGCUUUGGCAUCCACUCUUGCCUCUGCUUAUGACCCCAGCCCUCUUCAAGACUUCUGUGUGGCAACAGAAGAUAUGAAGGAUGGAGUAUUCGUGAAUGGGAAAUUCUGCAAGGAUUCCAAGCUUGCCAAACCUGAAGAUUUCUUCUUUAGUGGAUUGGAUAUUUCUGGGGACACAUCCAACCCCAAUGGCUUUAAUGUCACAGCCGUCACAGUAGAUAACUUACCAGGACUUAACACUAUGGGAAUAUCUUUGGCUCGCAUAGAUUUUGCACCAAAGGGUCUAAACCCUCCCCACACUCAUCCUCGCGGCACAGAGAUCAUUGUUGUCCUUGAAGGAACUCUUUUUGUUGGAUUUGUCACAUCCAAUCAAAAUAACAAUCGUCUCUUUACAAAAGUGCUCAACAAGGGUGAUGUCUUUGUAUUCCCAAUUGGUCUCAUUCAUUUCCAGCAGAACGUGGGAUAUGGCAAUGCUCUUGCCAUUGGUGCUCUUAGCAGCCAAAAUCCAGGAGUAAUCACCAUAGCAGACACUGUGUUUGGAUCUGAUCCACCUAUCUCUUCAGAAGUACUAACCAAAGCUUUUCAAUUGGACAAGAAUGUAGUUCAAAAGCUCCAGAAACAAUUCGGGCAUAACGGUUAAUUAGCGAAAUUACGAGCAUGCACAGGCUGUGAAUCAUCUCUUAUCAAUAAUCUGUUGGAAUAAAUUGAUUUCUUAGGUUACUGCUUGUGCAACAUUCUAGACAUGAAUUACUACUAUUAAUGAAUAAUACAAUGCAU